CGAAUCGAGGCGGGGACUGAGACCAUUUAUGGUCGGGGGAGGCUCGAGGGCUGCUGGAUGGAUGCUCGCUCGCAUUUGAACCAGCUCAUCACCCGGGCUUCAUGUGACAUACACGAACGCGUGUGAAGCAUGUGUUCGUCCUGAUCCUGUCACUCCCAUGAUAGAAGGCCCGGGCUCGGAAUCGGGACAAAUGCAUGCGGCUGUCAUUACUGCCCCUUAUCUCAACUUUGUCUUUUCACACUCUGAGCCCACUUCUUUCCGUUUAACUUCAAACCGACGAAUUUACAAGGGCAGACGCGCCUCGUCGCCGGCGCCACGUGCCCUCGCGGCAGGCCGAGCUCCGUGGCGACCCGCGACCGCGUCGCGCCACGUGUUGUUUCCGUCAGAAGCAAACCGUUUUACUCUGAGCAGUGCCCUCACUGCGGAUCGAUCGCCGGGCUCGGAAAAGCAGCUCGCCCGACGCUGCUUUUCGAGCACCCGUUGGCAGCCGGGUGCUUCGCCGAAACCACGACUGCGUCUAUUUCGACGCAGUCUCGGCCGCCGUCCGCCGCGAGCGCGCUUUCUCCACGGCUUUCGGUCACCGCAGUGCCUGACGCCCUCGGGAACCUUCAAAGUCACGGCAACCUUCUCAUCCGGAGACAAGGUGGAGUGGAAAUGGUGGCCCGGGGGACGAUUAGGAAGGAAGGCAGGAAAUCGAAGGAGAUCCUGCGGUGCGAUGCGCUCGUAGGUGAUGGAGCAAAUGAUGAUUGCACACAGAGCCCAGUUUGCAGUCGUGUAGGAGGAAGACAAGUGUUGACGUACGUGUCGAGAUCCACGGCCCUCCGGGUGAAGAAUGAUUGUUCUCGUUGGGAGACCAACGCUGCAGUUUCCUCUAGACGAGGAGAUGUCGGUCGACACCCCGUCCACGGGAUGUUGGCAAUCUGCCUCUCGCCACUUUCGAUCGUUAGACCAAUCAUCUCAAUCCAUACAUCGAGCAAAGGCUGCCUUUAGCCGUUCGAAGAAAGUGUCGAGAGUUCUGGGGGAGAGAGACACAGUGAGAGAGAUAUUUUUGCGCCGUACCUGAUAUAUACAAACAUACAGAGGCAAGCAUGUUGGGCAGAGAUCCAGACCUGCAGGUGUCGAGUGCUGAUCUGAACUGCAAAAGAGUGGAGCAUUAGCAGCUGCGAACUUUCAGAGAGAUUUUGACGCGCAGGCAGCAACUCUGGCUCGCUGCAUGCCGCUGAAUUUCAGCAUGUCUCGCAGUCUGAAACGCAGCAUCUGUACUCACCGUGUCGUCAACGAAGAGCCCUGCAGAUCGCACAAUGAUCGGGCCAAGUUUGGAUGCCAAAUCUGCGGUUAGCUCUCGUCACAGCUCUGAAUGCCGAUGGUGUAGUCUCGUCGAACGUCACCACGACUUUUAGUACAUUCUUCUUCGACCUGCUGUGCAGAUUGAGCUCGAAAUCCGGCUCAUUGUGUGCAAAGGAAGUGCAAAAGAAAUGCAAAUAUGCACACACAAUGAGUGCAUAGAAAUCAUUUCCGGAGAUUGUAUAUCUUCCUCCCUGAACUCCCGCCAAAGUACAUGUCGGUCGGGACAGUACAUGUUGGGAAGGUGACUGGUUAUUAUCACAACUGGUAAAAAAUUUAUAAGAAAUUUGGCUAAAUUUUCGA